CAGCUGAUGAUGGCGUUGCAGCUCUCGGCUGCAGCCGCCGCCGCCGCCAUGUCGCCAGGGGUACCCAUCGGGCUGCCCAACUGCAGCACCACCUGCGGCGACGUGGUCGUGCCCUACCCCUUCGGCCUCGGGCCCUCCCGCUGCUACUGGCCGGGGCUCAACCUCACCUGCGACACGAGCCGGCACCCGCCUCGGCUUCUCAUCGGCGACGACGCCAACCUCCGGGUCACCGAGAUCUCCCUUCGGAACCAGACCAUGCGCGUCAUGGGCAGCCGCGCCGUCGUAAACACAACCGGCGGCCACCUGAGCUCCGACAGCUGGAACCUCCCGUUCGGCCGCGGAUUCACCAGGCACGGCUACCGGCUGUCGUACCGCAACGAGCUCGUCGUCGACGGGUGCAACGCCGCGGCGACGCUCCUCGCGGGUUCCGGGGUCGUCGUCGCCGGCUGCGCCAGCUAGUGCACCGGGAGCCGCGGCGACAUCGACGACUUCUUC